CUAGCAGACGAUAGAUUGAGAUUUAGUCAGCCUGGAGGCCCUGGACCUGGUGGCACUACCCUCUGCAGCAGCCUAUAACAUCCUCUACAGUCUUCACUCUCCGACGAAUGUUUUACAUGAUACUUGUAUGACCGAGCCAUCGCGGAUUUCGAAUGCAAGCAGAGACGAAAGAUGCCAAAGAAACGUGUGGAAGUCUUGUGCAAUAAAGUUGACAGCGAAAGUAAGGACGAGAGCGUCUCCCUGCGCCAGCAAAGACUUACUAAAGUUCAUCCUUAUCCGACCAAUAGUGAUUCUUCCCUACGUCGUCAGGCUAAUGAACAAAGGACAUUAGGGCAUACACCAGACAGUGAAUGUCCUAAUACAGUACAUCCUGAAUUACAUAUUUCUGAAGAGCAAACUACAAUGGAUAUGGCUGAUCAGUCACAGCUGGGCCAUAGUACUGAACCUCAUUAUUCUGGUAUGUCUGGUAAUGCUAGCUUCCAACAAAAUCGUCAGAAGCAACAUGUUAUACUAAAAGAAAUACCACCACCAAACAAGGAUUUCAAUCACCAGGGUUUGCAGUUAGAUGGUAACAGUCAGCUGCCACAACGGAAACAGCAAAUAAUGUCCACAAGUCAAGCACCAGGGAAUGUUUCUAGUCUGCGUCAGCUUCAAGACUGUGGUCAGGAAAUUCAGCAGAAUAAGAAUAAAAACAUUAAUGAGAUACUGGAGCGAAUACAUCAGACAUGUGCAGUGCAAAAGCAAGAAGCCAGCCAACUUAAAACUCUAACUGGUCAGAAACUAAUCCACUCAAAAGGUCAUCUCAUAAAGCCACAGCUAGGUCAUCAACAGAUUGCAAGUAACAGUCAUCAGAGACCCACAUUAAUUAGUGAGCAACAAAAUCAGGGGACUUACUCUCAUGAAAAUAAAGAGAAUGAGAAGCAGGAAAUUCGACAUCAUACUUACAUCCCAAGGCAGCAAACUGGUCAACAGGUACGAAAAGAUUUGAAUAAUCAAAAUCAUUUGAAAAGGGGGGAAGAAAAUGUUCGAAACAGCAGCCAUUAUCACCAGCAUCCAAACCAUUUCAGUAACAGUCGGAUACCUGUGCAGCAGAACAGAUAUUCUAACCAGCAAUAUACUACACAACAAAGUGGCCAACAGAGAAACUUACAAAGUGGUCAGAUUAAACCCUACAAAAAAGAUCACACUAAACCUAGUUGGCCUUCAAAGAAGAAAACUAGAAAAGCUGAAAUACAAAAUGUUCAACAGAUUAUCACCACCUUUGAGGGUCAGCGGAUUGUUCAGCAUCCUCACAUAUUUGAUCCAAAGAUUCAUGCGCCUCUCAUUAUACCUUGUUCUUUGUCAGCUGCUCCAGUCCUCCCUGUGAGUUCUGCAGUUACUUUGCCUCUCUAUGUUGACACAUCUUUAGAAUAUGAACCUCCUGUUCUCCAUCAGAGUCCAUAUGUCCCAAGAAAGUACUACCAUAAUGUGCCAACUGAGCACAAGGAAAUCUCAGGAUGUUCAGAUUCAAAACAGCUUGAUGUAGAGAAUCAGUUACUUAUUACAGUCGCUGAUCUUCAUAGAGCCGCACAUUUUCAUCCAUUAAUUAAUUCCUUGGGUAUUCAAUUCGAUCGUUCUUAUCCUGAGCAUCAGAAACGGCAGAUUCAAGGGGGCUUGCUUAAUAGGAGUCCGAUGUCAGACUCCACCUUCUCAUUUUCUCCCGAAAGUAAUUCACUUAUACACCCAGAUAACUCUCAUCUUUUAAAUACUGAAAAAUGGAAGUCUACUGUACCCACAAAAGAUGACUCGAAUCCUCUACAGAAACAUGUAAGUCAAGACUUGCUACAAAAUUUAACUAACAGUGAGUUAAUUGACAUAAUGCCCAUUUCAGUAAGCUCUUCUAGAUUUGGUAAUUCUUCUGAACUAAUCAGUCACUCCUAUAACAGACUAUCAAAAAGCUGUUCAAAUUUGGUAGCUUCAAAUUCAGUUUCUCAACAAUUGUGGGUCAUCAUGGUUGAGCCAAACACGAGUGUUGAAUCACAGAAAAGUCCAAAUUGCCAGCAGCAGGCUCUGACAAUGCAUCGGUCUUAUUCUGCUCCAGAUCUGCGCACAUACCACAGAAGGUGUUCAGAUUUGGAGUCUUCAUAUCCAGGUUUCCGGAAAAUGUGCGCUAACAGUGCGAGACCAAACGAGAAUUGAGUCUGAGAGAGAUUCCAUUCAUCAUCAUCAUCAUCAUUGGCAGCAGCAGCAGACUCCACCAGAAGAUUCAAGUUCUGCCACGAAGGAAUAUUCUACUAAUACCGAGAGAGUAAUUGAGGAGGAGGUUCGCCUAACAAUGCAAGAUCGUAGGACGACACACAAAUCUGGAGCUGAUGGCGGCGAUGAGUGUAAAUUUAGCGUGUCUUGGCGAGAGUCAGAAUUAUGAACCUAGAAGUGACUCAUAAGGAGGAAGAGCAGUUAUUGUAUGCAGUACAACUAAAGACUGGAAAACCUUUUAGUUUAUUAGGCAUCAAACAUGAUGAAUUCGUCGUGAGUCACUUGAUCUCUUUAAAAAGGACCUCGUCAGCAUUAUAUGUUCACUUCUCCGUACUAGACUCGUAACAUUACAUUCCAGCCGCUAGGACUAAGGAUUUGGUCAGAGUUAUCAGUCAUUUUAGUGACAACCCAGUUUAAACGCGUGACGCCAACCACUAUUGGGAUAGGUGGUAGGACUUGAAAACUGGCAGUGUAACCUUAUUCUGGUGUAUACCAGCAGAAGUGACUUCUAUACUUGAAACGGUAUUUUUAUGUUUGGACGUUUUACCAUUUCGUUUUAACAGUUCCUCAUGAUUUUGUAUGAUCUGACUAUUCUUUUAAAUGUGAAGAUUUGUGUGUGCUGUAUGUUUGGACAUGAUUUUUUUUUAGCAUGAUAUAUUCAUAAAUGUUAUAGAGCAAUUUAAAAUAUAUGUGAAGUUGUCACGUGUUAAUGCCCGUACACCAAAUGAUAGAAUAGGUCUACUAUGAAGACAGGAUUGGCGCUUAGGUUUACUAAUUUCCUAUUUAGACAAUACUUAUGCUUUUAGAUAAUGUUCUUCUUAUAACUUAAAAGUGACGACGUCUCAUAUUUCUUAUGAACACAUUUUGCGAGACGGAGCCUUAGAUUUUAAUUUUAUCAGACGCCUUGCGUUGGAGAGGCAACGUGCAUCAGUAAAAUAAAUUUUAAGGAAAUAAUAUUAAACUCAACCAUCUAAGUGAAGACAAACAACUUUGAGGUUUUGCUCCUGUUACACAUCCAAACCUUUUUCCGUUUCUGCGCUGAAUGACCUCAUAUAAAGAUCCUAGUGUUUGGCCUAUGGCCUAAAUGUUAUAUUCAAUUCUAUUUAUUUUUGAACUGAAUUCCUCUGAUGAGGACUCUCGUGAUGUCGAGUUUUAUUAAACACUGCUGUUUGUGGAGUUUGGAUGUUUGUAUGUAUAUAUUUACAGUUAAAUUGGUGCAUGUAUGUAAGAUUAUGAAUUUAAUUCUGUCCAGUACCUACAUACUGAGAAUUGCUCAAAGGUGUUAUUCGGAUUUUUAGAUCUUAUCAUUGGUUUGUUUUCUAGAGUAAAUAGUAGCUUUAUAAUUUGCAGGAGAACAUAAUAGUAAUUAAGAUAAUCUUUACAUUUUUAUAACGUCAUUUUUUAUGCAGCUGCAUUUAGUUCUAUUUGUAGACGUUAAAUUGUUGAAAAUGGUAUAAAAUAUGAUUUUAAGUGUUCUGGUCUAGAUGCCUUUGCUUCUGAAAGUUUAUAUAUGCAUUUUAAUAUCUUUUGUUGGACCAUACUUACGAAACUUUAAUUCUAAUUAUAUGACGUUGCAGUCAAUAGAAUUCUAUUUAUGAAUAAGUAAAGAAGUUUUGUAAAAUUCCUGGUCUUCUAUGAAAAUGGAAUUCCAUAAGAAUUAUGUACAGGA